AUGAAGCUCUCUUCCAGCCUGAUGGUCGUGAUGGCCCUACCUCUGGCCUCAUGCGACGUAUCUCACCGCCGGCGCGGCUUCAGAGUCCAUGUCAAUCGCUUCGAGAGCAAGGACUGCCAUGAAGCCCAGUCUUUGGAAGGCGGCAAUAUGGCAGAUGGUUUUGGACCCAUACUCCAUCAGGAGGGCUGCCACGACUGGACCGACGGCAAGACGUUCAACUCCUUCAGAUUCGACCAGUACACGUUGGUCCAAGAGCUAGAACUGCCGACAGACAAGGAUUGCGCACUGCUCAUUUAUGAGGAAGGUCAUUGUGGUGGUCGUCUACUCUGGGCACAAGAUCGGAUGAAUACUCGGGAAAAGUUGGGUCAAUGCUGGUCCCUGAAUUAUGGCAUCAAAGGAAUGAGUGCAAAGCUUACGUGCAGGAAGAAGGACACCCAAGCGGACUGGGAGAGGGAGCUCGUUUGGAAGGAGCCAUUAGUGGUCACGUUCUUGACUACGGAAGUGGUUCAAGUCUCGACCGCUACGAACUGA